AUGGCCCGCUCCUUCUCAACAACCGUUCGUCUCGCAGCUUCUGAUAAAUCUCGUUUCGUCCCCACCUCCGGCGUCUACCCAAAGGGCUUCCGUGUCGGCGGCUAUUACUCAGGUGUUAAAAAGCGCCCAGAACUUCUCGACCUUGCUGCCAUUGUCUCUGAUACCCCAGCCGCUGCCUCUGCUGUCUUUACUACCAAUGUCUUCAAGGCUGCCCCAGUCCAAAUCUCUAAAAAGGUCCUCGAUGAAACUCAUGGCGAAGGCAUCAAUGCCAUCAUCAUCAAUAGUGGCUGCGCAAACGCAGUCACCGGUGAAGGUGGUCUCGAAGACGCAACAACCAUGGUCCAACUCGUUGACAAAACCCUCAACAAAACUGCUCCCUCUGGUGUCCUUGCAAACACCCUGGUCAUGUCCACUGGUGUCAUUGGCCAGCGCCUUAAAAUGGACAAAAUCGAGGCAGGUAUCCCAGAGCUCUUGACCAAACACUUGGGCUCCGACCACGAAUCUUGGAUCCGAGGUGCAAAGGCUAUUUGCACUACUGAUACCUUCCCCAAGCUUGUCUCCAAGGAGUUCUCAAUUGGCUCUAAUACCUACCGCAUUGCUGGUCUUGCCAAGGGUGCCGGUAUGAUUCACCCCAACAUGGCCACCCUUCUUGGCUUUUUCGUCACUGACGCUGCCGUUGAGCCUGCUGCAUUGAAGUCCAUCCUCAAGUACGCUGCUGACCGUUCCUUCAAUGCCAUUUCUGUUGAUGGCGACACCUCCACCAAUGAUACCAUUGCUGCGCUUGCCAAUGGUGCUGCCGGUGGCCCCAUCAUCGCCGAGGGCUCCGAGGGCUACGAAAUUCUUCGUGAUGCCAUUACUUCUUUUGCCAUUUCUCUGGCUCAACUUGUUGUUCGCGACGGUGAGGGUGCCACCAAGUUCAUUACCAUUAAAAUUGAGGAUGCUAAGACCUUUGAGGAGGCUAAAAAGGUGGCUUCUACUAUCGCCACCUCUCCUCUAGUCAAGACUGCCAUGUUUGGUAAGGAUGCCAACUGGGGUCGUAUUCUCUGUGCCACCGGUUAUGCCGGUGUUGAAGUUGAUCCUACCAAGACUAACGUUUCCUUUGUUCCCAAUGACGGUUCUGCUGAACUUAAGCUUCUUGUCAAUGGUGAGCCCGAAAAUGUCGAUGAAGCCCGUGCCAGUCAGCUUCUUGAUGAAGAGGAUGUCAACAUUCGUGUUUCUCUGGGCACUGGUGGUGGCCACUCCACUGAAUUCUGGACAUGCGACUUUUCUCACGAGUACGUUACCAUCAACGGUGACUACAGAACCUAA